GUGACAGCAUAAACAAGUUAACAAUAGUAUUAUCUAUCAAUUAUCAAACGCGUAUACAAAAAAAUGGGUGCUUUGGAUCACAUCUCCGAGUUCUUUGAUUGCUCUUACAGCAGUUCCAAAUUAAAGAAAAAGCGCAAGCAAUUCCAGACGGUGGAGGUGAAAGUGAAGAUGGAUUGUGAAGGGUGCGAGAGAAAAGUGAAAAAGUCAGUGAAAGGAAUGAAAGGGGUAACACAAGUGGAAGUGGAACGCAAAGCAAACAAAGUAACCGUUACGGGGUACGUGGAACCGUCCAAGGUAGUUGCUCGCAUCGCACAUCGAACGGGGAAAAGGGUUGAGCUAUGGCCUUAUGUACCAUACGACGUCGUUGCGCAUCCUUAUGCACCUGGUGUAUACGACAAAAAAGCACCCUCUGGUUACGUUAGAAACGCUAAUUAUGACCCUAAUGUUUCUAACCUCGCGCGUGCUAGUUCCACUGAAGUUACAUAUACCACCGCUUUUAGCGAUGAUAACCCCACCGCAUGUGUUGUUAUGUGAUCCCACACCGACACUGACACCGCAACCUCAUCAAUUUCAAUUCUCUUCUUUAAUUUACUUUUAGUUAGUUGAUUUGCUUUACUAUUAUUGUACAAUAUUUGUAAAGAAAACAACACUAAAAUAGGAUUAAGAGGAAUGCUUUUGCUUGUCCAUAUUAAGUAUUGAAGCUAGAUCAAAUUAUAUUUACAAUA